AUGAUUUUCGUAACGUCCGCGAGGAGGAGAACUUACUCUGGAAAGCUACACGCAGCAGAAAACCAAGCAGCUAUCGUGGCCGCUGGGAAACGUUGCAACGUUGAUAACCGUGACAACCGAACCCAAUCGUUACAAAUUUUUACGAUAUGUCAGACUGGGAUACCGCGCCUAUUACAUUGCGAAAACGCGCACCGAAAUCGUCCACUCUGAAAACCGAGAAGGUGAUCCGUUUCGCGAAUACUGCGGUGAACGACGCACGGCGACAAGGUUUUACCGUAGAAACACAAGCAAAAUGGGGCGGUGGUGCGAAUAGACAGCAUGUAACCACAAAAAAUACAGCCAAAUUAGAUCGUGAAACGGAAGAAUUGAAGCAUGAUCAAAUUCCACUGGAACUUGGCAAACUUAUCCAACAAGGACGCCAGAGCAAAGGGUUAUCUCAAAAAGACUUAGCUACGAAAGUAAACGAGAAAGCGCAAGUUAUUAAUGAUUACGAAGCGGGACGUGGAAUCCCAAAUCAAAUGGUCAUUGGCAAAAUCGAGCGAGUACUUGGAAUCAAAUUGCGGGGUAAAGAUCGUGGCAAACCGUUAGCGACCCCCGGGACGAAGAAGUGAAUCUCGGGGGGAAACAAUCUCUACUUUCGAUCCUUAUAUACUGUUCCCAUGGAAGAACUAUGAGAAAGACGGUAGAAUGGAAUGCAACAAACAAACCCCUACCCUUUUUUCCUUUGGUUAUUUUGAUAUUGUGAACGAUAGAAAUGGGUUAUAAGUAACUUGCCUUUACGUAUGGAAUAAAAGAAAGAUAUUUUAGGAUAUUAUGAAUACAGAACACACAGAGUAAUAUACAAUACAUACGCAUGCAGUAACAUAGCGUAAUUUGAACAAGGCUUAUUGAGUUACCUUGGCAUAAUCAUUUGUUAUAGAUUUUCAAGUGUACAUUACUAAUGCUAAUUAUGAAAUAAGAGCGAAAUAUGCUUGAGUGUGACAAAAUAAAAUUCUUAAUUUAUGUAAAAAGUA